AUGGAUGACAAAGGAUCUAAUAGGUAUAAUUUAAGGCUCUCGUCUUUAUCGCAAAGAGAUGGUAAAAAAGGCCUUAAGCACAAAGGAGACGAGGAACUUUUGAAUAUCUUACCAUCGUAUCAUAUGUAUCAGUCAACUAUAUCGAAAAACUUGACACCUUCGCAUGAAGACUUUCGAACAGAACCACCAAGUUACGAAAUUACGCCUAUAUCGUCAGUUGCCUCAUCAGAAACCUCCAGCGUUAACGAUUAUUUUAUGGAUGUGUCCUUGCCUACUUCUCCCAAUAAUGCUGGUGAAGAAGAAAAUGAAGAAGAAGAUAUUAUGUCUAUAGAUAAUACGAUUUUAUCUAAUGCUCACAAGUUGAAGAGGUUAACAGCUAUGAAUAAAGAAAUCUCUAAGGACUUGAUAAUUAAUAUCUAUUUGACUGAAGAAAUUGGAAAAAUAGGUGUAGCACCUAGAAUUGUUGAUCCAUUAUCUUUAGAACUUAAACAGGGGGAUUAUAUCUACGGUUUUGUAACCGUCACUAAUAAGACAAAGCAUAAUGUUCCAUUUGAUAUGUUCCCGGUAGUAUUUGAAGGAGCCUUAACACUAGGUAAUAAUAAUAGACCAAUUGUACAGCCUCCGGUAAACAUCGUCCGGUUCUUAACUAUGUUUGACUUUAACGCUUCGUGGAACGAUGGUAGCCUUGAUAGGUUAGUAACUGAUAAUAAUAACCCACAUAUUCCUAAGAAUGAUAUUGAUCCUUAUGAUAAUACCCAAAUUCAAUUAAAUCAUAAAAAAAUAUUCGAACCUAAUGUCACUUACAAAAAAUUCUUUACAUUUAAAAUUCCUGAUAAAUUAUUAGACAGUAGUUGUGAACCACAUGGUUUGGUGAAACAUAUUCAGGUACCACCUACUCUAGGUAUUUCAAAGAAUGAAGUGAUAAAUUCAUUAAGAAGAAAAUGGAGAGAUAAUACAGAUGAUGCAGGUAUUUCUUCGCCACGGCCUGAUGAUAGUGAUAUAGGAAGAAAUAAAACUCAGUAUGCAUCGCUUACCAAUGAUUUUGCAUUUCCUGAUACUGCUAUAAGUUAUUGUAUUAGUGCUAGGAUUAUAGGCAGAUCAGCAGGUUACAGAAAUUUGCUUUUGAAAAACCAUCUACCACUGAAUCCAACUGCUGACGAAUACGUGGUUGCAAACGAAAAUUACUGUUACUUAAGAUUGGUUGGAGACGCCGACCCAAUUUUUGAGCUUAAUAGAUCAAUGAUGACCGAAGAGGCCAAAUUGAUAUAUUCAAAUAUGGUCGACAAAAUAAAGGAAUACAUCAGCUUGGCAAAAGAGAUGUCAACGCUUUCUAUUGAAGACAGAACUUCAACUUCUUCUUUACAUCCUACUUCGAGUGCAACUGAAUUAGCAAAAAUGCGCCAGUCGUAUUAUUCAAAAAUUAGCCCUUCCAGACCUAAGGAAAACGUUUACGAAGUAUUUUUACUGUAUAGAAAGAAGUCGAUUAUCGGAACAAACAAAAUAAUAGGUCUUGCUGCUUUGUCAAGUCCAAAAACUCAUUAUAGAGUACCAUAUGUACCGCUAGCAAAACUCAGGAAACCAGACACACCAGUUCCCUCAACAAAAAUAAACAUCCCCUUAGACCUUACUUUUAUCUAUUCAGAAGGUCAAAAUCAGAGUCCGCCAGAUUUCAAGCAUAUAUCUGUUGAACUUAUUGCAUUGAAUAUCAAAUCCAAAAACUUACCCAUCCCUGUGGUAUUCCAUCACGAUAUGCUUUUUCAAAAUAAAAGUAAAGGCUCGGAUAAUUUUGACUAUAUAACUAUCAAACUAUUCCAAAAAUAUGCAGUAGAGUUAUCAAAACUUCUCAAAGACGUCAAGCGUGAUAGCUUAGAAAUAGAUAAAGGUUUAAUACGUGAUGUCAAGUGUCUUGCUAACCUUUCGUCCAAGUAUGAUUAUUUCAAGAUUUUAAAUCCGAAAGUGUCUGCUAUGGACUCUUCAGAGGAGCUAAACUUGAUUUCAUCAAUACCAUGGGAAUCGGAAAGUUUGAUUAAAAAAUCUCCAAAAGAUAAGGUAGAGGAACAAGUUAAGUACACCAAGAGAUUCAAUGCUGUUAUUGAUAUAUCAAACGCAGCCUUGGUUCCAAGUGGCUCUAAGGAUUUCUGCUUGAUACCUGACUUUCAAUAUUGUUUUACAGCUCGACUUUAUUAUUUGAAAAUAAAACUUAAGUGUCCUAAUGGCGAUAUUAUGGCCCUUAAAGUACCUUUGAUACUCCAAAAAGAAAGAGAGUAG